AUGCAUCCUGCCAGUUUCCAAUACUGCUUGCAGAAGCUAAGCCUAAACAGUCUUCAGUUAACUUCAAACCUAACUGGCAACGCCACCGAUGCCACGGUAAUUCCAGACCUUUCCAGUAUCCAAGCCAUCUUCGGGACAGGCACCUACUCCUCCCAUCGAAUUCCUGAAGUUCGACAGAUCCUCAUCUACUGCUACGCGAUCCUAAUCCUCUGCGGGACUACCUUCAAUCUUGCUGUGCUUUUUGCUUUGCUCUACUUCAGGGAGCAGAUUUUCACCAAUAUCGCCAACAUAUUUGUCUUCACAUUGGCAGCAUCAGACGUUGUGCUCUGUGGGGUCUCCAUGCCAAUCCAACUGUAUUACGGAAUCGACGACAACAGUCGAGUUAACACAGGAUUGUGUCGAACACUGUUUGCUGGGUUUGGCAUCCCCAUGUACGUCUCCUGCCUGACAAUCCUCCUCAUAGCGAUCGACAGACAUCGCUUGAUUGUCAAGCCAACGGCACCGCGUGUUUCAAUUCGCACAGCUCUAUGGUUAAUCUUAACCACAGUGGUGUUCUCCGCCUUGAAUGCAGUCCCUGUAGGUCUCUACACUGAAAGCAGAGGAAUUGAGGGAUUCCGGAGUUUUUGUGUUGAAGCGUGGCCUCUUCCAGUCUUUCGUUUGGUUUACUCGAUAGCCAUCUUUGUAGUUCACUUUCUUCUUCCUCUGCUGGUUUCAGGAGGCCUCUAUUUGGAAAUUUACAGGCGUCUGGCGACGCUUCCAGAACAGCUGAGUCUCUCAAAGGAGUCAGAACGUAGGAAAAGGAGGACGACAACCCUGCUGGCAUGUGUGGUCGUUUGUUUUGCCAUUUGCUGGACACCAUGGUGUGUUUUCUCGCUCCUCGUAGAAAUCGAUGCAUACAUGACUAAGGGUUCGAACGCACCCCAUAUGACAAUUAACUUUUCUGAGCUAACCCUAGAGGGCUGCAUUGCAUGGCUCACAGACGGCCGACUGGGGGACAAUCAGACCGAGGCAUCGCCAAAGACCCAUCCACCACCCACAAGCAGCUUCAUAAGAGGCACCCACUUUACCCUAGUUGACAUGAUUCUCAAGCUCUGGGCGAUGGGGUCUGCCUGUGUUAACCCCUUCCUCUACGGUUGGCUUAAUCGGCCUAUUCGAGAGGCGAUGAUAAAUCUUUAUGAAAUGAUCUCGGGUUUCUGUUUUCGAUCACUGACGCCCGAAAUACGACAGGGCAACCGAGAUCUGAACGUCCUUUCCAAUAGAAUAACAGGCAGACCUAGUAAAGUCAGCUAUAGAUCCAGCUGUGGUCACUAUCCGCUGACAGAGAGAGGCUACAAUUACCAAAAUAAUGGCACUGUGGGCAACCUGUUGCCGAAUUCGAAGCAGCAGAGGGGUUUUAAAUGGAGAGGUGUGUUCGAAAAUGGCUACCGAUUUUGCCUUAAAAGGCCAUCAACAGCGAAAUCAAACAAAAGCAACAGUAUUCAGCAAACCAAGCAGAGGAGUAGCCGCCAGAACUUGGACCGGGAGACAAUGGUGCCACCGGGUGCAACAGACGUUGUGGUUAUUAUUGAGGGACCGACUGACUCCCAGGAGGGAUUGGACUCGGGCAAACGCCUACGCGUUGUGUAG